AAUAUAAUAGUCACCUCAGUUCAAGAAAGUAGCUUGAGAUAGAGACACACACACAAAAUGAAAAACCAAGAGUUGAAAUAUCCCUAUAGACAUGGUUGAGUUUUUCAUGCAAAAUUGCUAAUGUCAAUGCAAAGCCAACACCACCAUCAAACAAUGAACUCACUAUCUUACUUCUUCCACCUCCUCAUCUUCACGUUCCUCCUCCCUCUUCCCCUCACUUCCUCCAAUGAACUCACUACCUUACUUUCAUGGACACACUCCCUCCACCCUUUUUCCAAUUGGAACACUCUAGACACAAAUCCAUGCAAAUGGUCAUUCAUAACAUGUUCAUCACAAAACUUUGUAACUGAAAUCAACAUCCAAAAUGUCCAAUUAGCCCUUCCUUUUCCUUCAAACAUCUCUUCACUUUCUAAUCUUCAAAAACUAGUCAUUUCUGGAACUAACCUCACUGGAACUAUCCCUUCAGAUAUUGGUAACUGUCUUGAUCUCAUAACCAUUGAUCUUAGCUCAAAUAGUCUUGUUGGUGAAAUUCCUACAACUAUUGGUAACCUAAAAAAUCUUCAAAACUUAAUCUUAAACUCUAACCAGUUAACUGGUUCAAUACCUAUUGGACUUUGUGAUUGUGUUAAUCUCAAAAACCUUGACAUUUUUGACAAUGAUCUUAGUGGAAACCUUCCUAUUGAGUUAGGGAAGCUUUCAAAUCUUGAAGUUAUAAGAGCUGGUGGAAACAAAGAUAUUGUAGGGAAGAUUCCAGAAGAAUUAGGUGAAUGCAAGAAUUUAACUGUUUUAGGGCUUGCAGAUACUAAAAUUUCAGGUUCAAUACCUAAUUCAUUAGGUAAAUUAAUCAAGCUUCAAACAAUAUCUAUUUAUAGUACUUUAAUUUCUGGUAAAAUUCCUAAUGAAAUUGGUAAUUGUUCUGAGCUUGUGAACUUGUUUUUGUAUGAGAAUGAUCUUUCUGGUGAGAUUCCUUUUGAGAUAGGUAAGCUUAUGAAGCUUGAAAAGAUUUUACUUUGGCAAAAUAGUUUUGUUGGUAGAAUACCUGAUGAAAUUGGAAACUGUAGUAGUUUGAAGAUUCUUGAUUUGUCUUUGAAUUAUUUCUCCGGUGGAAUACCUGAGAGUUUAGGGAAACUAUCGAAUCUUGAAGAGCUUAUGUUGAGUAAUAAUAAUGUUUCUGGUUCGAUACCAGCUUCGGUUUCGAAUUUGACAAAUUUGAUUCAGUUGCAGUUAGAUACAAAUGAGAUAUCAGGUUUGAUUCCGGUCGAGAUUGGAAAGUUGACAAAACUAACGGUUUUUUUCGCAUGGCAGAACAAACUUGAAGGUCGAAUUCCGUCUGAGUUAGGAGAUUGUUUAAGCCUUGAGGCUUUGGAUUUGUCUUAUAACAAACUUAGUGAUAGUUUACCUUCAGGUCUUUUUAAGCUUCAGAAUUUAACUAAGCUUUUGUUGAUUUCUAAUGAUAUCUCAGGUUUCAUUCCUCCUGAGAUUGGUAACUGUAGUUCUCUUAUUCGACUUCGGCUUUUAGAUAAUAGAAUUAGUGGUAAGAUACCAAGAGAAAUAGGUUUUCUUAAUAGCCUUAGUUUCCUUGAUUUGUCUGAAAAUCGUCUAAGUGGUUCGGUACCAUUAGAGAUUGGAAAAUGUAAAGAGCUUCAAAUGUUGAAUCUAAGUAAUAACUCUCUUUCUGGUGAUUUGCAUGGUUUUUUGUCUUCUCUUACAAUGCUAGAGGUUUUAGAUGUUUCAAUGAAUAAUUUUUCUGGUGAGGUUCCGAUGAGUAUUGGUGAAUUAACUUCGCUUCUUCGAGUUAUUUUAAGCAAAAACUCUUUCUCUGGAUUAAUUCCUUCAACUCUUGGGAAAUGCUCAGGUAUUCAACUUCUUGACCUUAGCAGUAACAUGUUCUCGGGGAGCAUACCGCGAGAAUUGUUUCAAAUUGAAGCACUUGAUAUUGCUUUGAAUUUGAGUCACAAUGCAUUAUCAGGAGUGAUUCCAGUUGAGAUUUCGGCUCUAAACAAGCUCUCAGUUCUAGACCUUUCGCAUAACAUGUUUGAAGGUGAUUUGACGGCGUUUUCAGGCCUUGAAAAUCUUGUUUCUUUGAACAUUUCAUACAACAAAUUCACUGGUUAUUUACCAGACAACAAGUUGUUUCAUCUACUAGCAGCAACGGAUUUGGUCGGAAAUCAAGGUUUGUGUCCUAACGGUCAUGAUUCAUGUUUCAUUGAAAAUGCUGCAAUGACAAAGAUGUUAAACCGUUCUAAUUCUAAGAGGUCGGAGUUGAUUAAAGUGGCCAUUGGUUUGCUAAGUUUCUUAUCUGUUGCAAUGACAAUCUUUGGAGUUGUUACAGUCUUUCGAGCAAGGAAAAUCGUUCGAGACGACAAUGAUUCCGAGAUGGGAGGAGGAGGUGAUUCAUGGCCUUGGCAGUUCACACCAUUCCAAAAGGUCAGCUUUUGUGUGGAGCAAAUUCUAAAGUGUUUGGUGGAAUCCAAUGUAAUUGGAAAAGGGUGUUCGGGGAUAGUUUAUCGUGCAGAAAUGGAAAACGGCGACGUCAUUGCUGUAAAAAGACUAUGGCCAACAACAACAGCAGCUAGAUCCACCGCAAGAUACGACCAUAGUCAAAGCGACAAGUUAGCAGUUAAUGGUGGAGUUCGUGAUUCGUUUUCAGCUGAGGUAAAAACUCUCGGUUCAAUUCGCCACAAGAACAUUGUGAGGUUCUUAGGUUGCUGUUGGAACAGAAACACAAGGCUGCUUAUGUAUGAUUACAUGCCAAAUGGGAGUCUAGGAAGUUUACUGCAUGAAGGAAAUGAUAAUUGCUUGGAUUGGCACAUUAGAUUCAAGAUAAUACUAGGAUCAGCUCAAGGUUUGGCUUAUUUGCACCAUGAUUGUGCUCCUCCUAUUGUUCAUAGAGACAUUAAGGCCAACAACAUCCUCAUAGGCCUUGAAUUUGAACCGUACAUAGCUGAUUUUGGACUCGCAAAACUUGUCGAUGAUGGAGAUUUUGCAAGAUCGUCAAGUACACUAGCCGGUUCUUAUGGUUAUAUAGCUCCUGAGUAUGGAUACAUGAUGAAGAUAACCGAGAAAAGUGAUGUAUACAGCUAUGGUAUAGUUGUAUUAGAAGUACUAACAGGCAAGCAACCAAUUGAUCCGACAAUACCAGAUGGACUUCACAUUGUUGAUUGGGUUAGACAGAAAAGAGGAGGAGUUGAAGUGCUAGAUGAGAACUUAAGAGCAAGACCAGAAUCCGAAAUCGAAGAAAUGUUGCAGACAUUAGGUGUUGCAUUGUUAUGUGUAACUUCAAGUCCUGAUGAUAGACCAACAAUGAAAGACGUUGUUGCAAUGAUGAAAGAGAUUAAACAAGAAAGAGAUGAAUGUGUGAAAGUUUUUGAUGGAACUUCUAGAAAUGAUCGACAUGAAAGUAAUCAUAAUGAAGAAGAAUCGUCGGAAAUGAUGAAAGAUUCAUGUCCUACAACAAGCAGCAGCAGCAUAAAUGUGCAGUUACAUUACUCUCCUCAAUCCUCAUAGUUCUACAACACUAAAUUAAGUUUGAAAUAGUUAAUAAUAGUAAUGUUACUAGGGAACUAGAUUUUUUCUUAGCAAGAGUGGUUUGAUUUCUAUGUGAUUUUUAUUCCUUCAGCUUCAUAAUUAUGGUAUUAAUGUGUAUAUGGAUAUUUAGUCUUAAUAAUUGUGAGAAUUGAAGUAAUCUUUGUUCAUUAUAUUUACAUUGUUUCUUUUUCUUUUCUUGAAAAACUAUAUAUCAAGGAGGGUAUAUAAACCUUUAUGACCUCAGUUUCCAUUUUUUCCU